AUUCCGUCCUUUGGGUGCGCAGUGUUUCCAGCCACAGAGCCACGUCAGGCCUGCAGCGACUGCUCGUCUUCGACUGGCUCUCCAAGGUUAGAAACAGGCCGAGCUGCUGGAAACACUCGAAGGAGGAACAGAGGGCUGGGAGCCCAAUCGAGACCGCGCUAGACCGGGAAUCAAGCGUUUUAUUCUUUUGUGCAUUUACGCUUUUCCUCGUGGAAACACAGAAAGCUUCGAUCGUGGACUCGUCAGUGGGGACAGUGGCAGCAGCGUUGUUUUGUCUCUGCUGCGAGGAGGAGGAGGAGGAGGAGGAGGCUGCGCGGCGGAGAGAAAGAUCCUUAUCGCCCCGUCUCAUUUGUGCUUAAUGGAAACGCGCAAUCAUAAAAAAUGGUUGCACUUGGCCAACGUCCGUGAGCGCGAGCGUCUCCAUCCCACAUCGGCGCGUCAGAGGACACGCGGCAGCCAGCUGGACUCCGGCUCCGGGGCGUGAAGUCUCGACCGCGCGCACCGUGUGCUGCUGGGACUGAAGGUGACUCGCGCCCCGUCGCAGUCGAGGCGAUGCGGAGAGGAGUCGCGGGAGUCGCUCAUCCGCCGCUCGUCCCUGCGCUCUGAGGCUCGUCCGGGAGACGAUCUGCUCCCGAGGGACGCGAGGCGCAGCCGGGGCAACGGCACCAGCCGCGGUUUGACAAAGCCAGUAGUUGGCGAGCAGAGGAGAGGAUAAGAUCGUCCAGGAAUUCAAUACACUCGUGGCUCUGUACCGUGAACUGGUCAUCUCCAUCGGCGAGAUCACCGUCGACUGUCCCUCUCUGCGGGCCGAGAUGCUGAAGACCCGAAUGAAAGGCUGCGAAAUGGCGAGAGCAGCUCAUCACAGUCUCGCCCUGAUAUCGGGGCCCGAGGACGGGGAGAUCCACCCGGAGAUCUGUAGGCUCUUCAUCCAGCUGCAGUGCUGUCUGGAGAUGUACAUCACUGAAAUGCUCAAAUCCGUCUGCUUGCUGGGAUCCCUGCAGCUCCACAGGAAAGGUAAGGAUUUUUGCGGCCCUCCCGGGGUCGACAGUAAGAUCGAGGAGAGCUCAGACAUCCCCAUCUUGGAGGACACCUCUUCCUCUCCCACUGACUGUCCUCAACUCUGCUGGCUGGUGGCCACUGACAUAGAAAACAUAGAAAGAGAUAUGAGGGAGAUGAAGAACCUCCUCAGUAAACUCAGGGAGACAAUGCCUUUACCACUGAAGAACCAAGAUGACAGCAGUUUGCUGAACCUGACUCCCUACCCACUGGUCCGACAGAGGAAGAGGCGGUUCUUUGGGCUCUGUUGCCUGGUAACCAGCUAAGGGCCCCGCCUUUGUGGGUAGAAGGCGGCAACAAAGACACCAUUACCCACUGUCCGUCACCAACUGUGUCUCCCACCAAUCUAUUACUGCCAUUUUCAUAAAAUUGUCUCUUUCUCUUUUUUUUAAAGGCUGCCCAUUUUAUAAUUUUAUUUUGUAAUACAAAAAAAAUUGUCACUGCAAAGUAAUGAAAACAAAAGUCAUGAACUUAUAUUUCAAAAUAUUUUGCAACAGAUUUGUCCCUUUUUUUUGGGUAAAUUAAGUGUGAUAUCUGCUUGUCCAAUGUAACAGAGAAUGAGAGGUCCAUGUUCAAUCACUUCCACAAACCCGAGUCAAUGAAGUGAGGAUUCAUGUUUUAACAAAAAAAAUGAAAAGGGAAUAAUGAUUGUUCGUUUGUGUCAGAAAUUAAUGUGGUCACUUAUGAAUAGAUGCCGCCCGAUGAUAGCAAAGACAAAGUUCUGCCCUUGUCCGUCCAAGUGGAGAUGACAGAUUUGUGCAAAGUUUGUUGUGUAUCACAGUCUCUGUUUUCUGUUUCUUGCUGUUUUUCUUCUUAAUGUAACUUAAUUUAGUCUUCCAUAAACCAAGAACCUGUAUCCAACUUUAACUUUCCAGCUUUGAAACGGAAUAUAUGAAACAUUACUCAAAAAGAAGAACUUCUUUGCACACAAUAUCUAUCAAUAAAUCGAGACGUUAGACUUGUAUAUACACAUACUCUUUACGCAGUGCUCUCUGAACCUUUUCAAAGUUGAAGUUGGUUUGCAAAAGAGCCUUUUGGGUGACAUGAGCAGGGAGGGUCUCCCUUUGUCUGAGGCAAUCAGUGCAGACGGAGGGCAGGCAGCAUGGGUCUUGCUUAUUAAUGAUAGUGAUCAAAGUUUAGGGCACGUGAAGGUACAAUGGUCCGAGCUGAUGUAGGUUAUUUUACAUUGUUAAUAAAACUUUUGUUAUUGAAACUUA